CCAAUCACACCACAUCUCAGCUGAGCGCAUAGGCUGAUGUUUCUCAACGGAAUGAGACCAUGGGUUGCACAUUUCCAAAGGGAACUCAUAUCUGGAUUCAGACUCUGUACUGGUCCUGCUUUCACCUACAGCCACUGCUAGCUUCGGUCAGACAUGGAGCGAGUUGUAAUGGUAACCGGUGCUAACAGUGGUAUCGGCCUGGCCCUGUGUGAGAGGCUGCUGACUGAGGACGGCACACUUCGCCUGUGUCUGGCCUGCAGAAACAUGCAGCGGGCUGAGGCUGCUCGCUCCACUCUCCUGACUUCUCACCCCGAUGCCCUUGUGGACCUGCUCCACCUAGAUGUGGGCUCUGUGCAGUCAGUACUGACCGCUGCACAGGAGGCCAAGACCAGGUACAGCAAAGUAGACUUCCUGUAUCUCAAUGCAGGAAUUAUGCCCAAUCCACAGGUGGACGUCAACGCUUUUUUCAAGGGUCUGUUCUCCAGGAAUGUGGUCAACAUGUUUGCAACAGGAGAGGGACUCUUGACUCAACAGGACCAGAUCAACUCAGAUGGUCUCCAGGAGGUUUUUGCCACCAACUUGUUUGGACACUUUAUCCUGAUCAGGGAGUUGGAGCCUCUGCUGUGUCAGGCGGGUCACUCGUCCAGGGUGGUGUGGACCUCCUCGAGCAAUGCACGCCGCUCUGCCUUCAGCAUGGAGGACAUGCAGCACAGAAAUGGGACAGAGCCCUACAGCUCCUCCAAGUAUGCAUCAGACAUGCUCAGUGUGGCCCUGAACAGACACAAAAACAGUCAGGGCCUGUUCUCCUCUGUAAUCUGUCCAGGACUAGUGAUGACUAAUCUGACCUACGGUAUCCUCCCCUCCUUCUUCUGGACUCUCAUCAUGCCCAUCAUGUGGCUGGUUCGGAUCUUCACCAACACAUUCACCCUGACACCUCACAACGGGGCAGAGGCUUUGAACUGGUUGUUCCUUCAAAGUCCAGAGUGUCUUGAUCCCAGAGCAAAGUAUCACAGUUUGACCUCAGGACUCGGCACAAACUACACUCAGCCGCGACGGAUGGACAUAGAUGAAGAGAUGUCUGAGGUCCUCUAUUUAAAGCUUAUUGAACUUGAGAAAGACGUCAAAGGGAAACUAAGUGAAAGAAAUGCUGACUUGGAAGCUUCUGGAUAGUUCCUCCAUGAGGAACAGAAGUAGUGAUGCUUUUAAUAAAAGAUUGUAUUAAUGGACCAAAUGCAAUACGUGAUAAAGAACAAUAAAAGCUUUUUAUAACCUAA